UCACCUGAAUUAAAUAGUAAAUUGUUUUACUGAAUAACUAGUAUAUUUUUUCAAUUAAAACGCGUUGGACUCAUUGCCAUGCAGUGAAUCAAAUCUGUUUCCCCAAGCUUGCCACUGGAUAAGGAAAAAACCGAAAAGGAGAUUCUGCCAAUUCUGCUGGCUGCAAUGCUGCUAGAUAUUUGUUAAGACAGAGGAGACAAAGUCCAUCAGCGGAGGGCUGCCUGGAGUCCCAAGAGCCUGGCCAAAAAUUCAGCCUGGGCCUUUGAUCCUUCGACCUGUGAGAUGCCCUCCUUCCCCAACGAUGGAGAGGAUCAAGGAACAUCCCCCGUGAAUGUGCCAUCUGCCCUGUCCUAUCAGAACGGUGGGAAGAGGAAGGUCCGCACCAAGAAGAAGAAGGGAAUCAUCACAGCCAACGUUGCAGGAACCAAGUAUGAGAUCGUGCGUAUAGUGAUCAGUGAAAUGGCCUUCAUGAAAACCAGAGAUGAGGAUGAAACUGCCAAUCUCAUCUGGAACGACUCUGCAGUGCAGCACGAGAAAAUCGCUGAGCUCAGGAACUAUCAGAGAAUUAACCAUUUCCCGGGGAUGGGUGAGAUCUGCCGCAAAGACUGCCUGGCAAGGAAUAUGGCCAAAAUGAUAAAGAACCAGCCUCAGGAGUACAGCUUCAUCCCCAAGACCUGGAUCUUUCCCGCGGAGUACACCCAAUUCCAGAACUACGUGAAGGAGCUGCGGAGGAAGCGCAAGCAGAAGACAUUCAUCGUGAAGCCCGCCAACGGAGCCAUGGGUCACGGCAUUUCCUUGAUCAGAAACUGUGAGAAGCUUCCGGCUCAAGACCACUUCAUUGUCCAGGAGUACCUUGACAAGCCUUUCCUCAUGGAGGGCUACAAGUUUGACCUGAGGAUUUACAUCCUGGUCACGUCCUGCGACCCUCUGCGCAUCUUCCUGUACAACGACGGCCUAGUUAGGAUGGGCACCGAGAAGUACCACGCACCCAACGAAUCCAACCUGAAUCAGCUGUACAUGCAUCUGACAAACUACUCCGUGAACAAACACAAUGAGAACUUUGAAAGGGACGAGACAGUGGACAAGGGCAGCAAGCGAUCCAUUGGCUGGUUCACAGAGUUUCUACGCACCAAUGACCAUGACGUUGCCAAAUUCUGGGGAGAUGUGUCUGAGCUCGUGGUGAAGACCCUGAUCGUGGCCGAGCCUCAUGUCCUCCACGCUUAUCGCAUGUGCCGCCCCGGACAGCCACCAGGGAGCGACAGUGUCUGCUUUGAAGUCCUGGGGUUUGACAUCAUUCUGGACCGCAAGCUGAAGCCUUGGCUGCUAGAGAUCAAUCGGGCUCCGAGUUUUGGGACUGAUCAGAAGAUUGACUACGAUGUGAAGAAGGGGGUCUUGCUCAAUGCACUGAAGCUGCUGAACAUCAGAGCAAGUGAUAAGAAGCGGAAUUUGGCGCAGCAGAAGGCGGAGGCCCAGCGACGGCUGUACGGACAGGGCUCCAUGAAGAAGCUCUCAGCCGGCUCCUCGGAGUGGGAGAAGCAGAGGCACACACUGGAGAGGAGAAAAGAGGAGCUGAAAGAAAGGCUGGCUCAGGUCCGCAAGCAGAUCUCCAGGGAGGAGCAUGAAAACCGACAUCUAGGGAACUACAGACGUAUUUACCCCCCAGAUGACAAGCUGCUCUUGGAGAAGUAUGAAAGCCUCCUCUCCGCUGCCUUUCAGACGUUCCUCGCUGGGCGAGCCGCCUCACUUCAAAAGGAAAUGAAUAAUCCUCUGAAACGAAUGAAGGAGGAAGAUAUCCUGGACCUCCUGGAGCAGUGCGAGUUGGACGAUGAGAAACUCAUGGGGAAAUCAUCUAGGCAGAGAGGGCCUAAGCCCCUGUCCUCCAUGCCCGAGAGCACCCAGACGCCAAAGAAACAAAGGGACUGCAGCAGCACCAGCAGCUGCAACAACAGCAGCUCCUCCGGCUCAGAGGACGAGGAAAAAGAGGACCUCCAGGAGAAGAAAGAGAAGAAGGUUUCAUACGACCUGGGGGAAAACAAGUAUAAAUCAUCGGAGCGCUCCAGCAGGGUGCAUUGGAAACCUCCCAUAAAGACCGCCAAAGCCGGACCUUCUGCCUCUCCGACUCUAUCCGGUCCGAUCCGCCGUUCAAUUUCCUGCCCACGGUCCAUCUCCUCGCUGACAGCGCAGUCGCCUACUGGCGAUCAGCGUGCUGCCGCGGUGAAGCCCUCCACUCCCACCAUGCGACCCAGUUCUGCCUCACGCUCUCACUCCUUGAAUCGCGGCGGCUCCACCGGCAGGGUACCGCACAGCAGCAGCCUGGGUACCAUCCACUCCAACAUGGGAGAGUCGCUGUUGAAUCUGAGAACUAAAGAACAGGAGGCGGAGCUGACGCGGCAGACCCUGGCUGCACUGAACGAAAUGAGGAUCCGCUUCCCAGGAAAGAAUGAGGAGGAGGCGGAGAUGGUGUUGGAUGACAUCCUUGAUAACUGGAAAUACCAUAAACCUAAAGUGGCAUCAUAUUGGUUGGUGAAGUUGGACUCAACAAAACAAAGGAAGGUCUUAGACAUCGUCCGUACCAACUUGCGCUCGGUUCUGCAAAGGAUCUGGAGGGAGCCAGAUGUGGACAGUUUACCUUUAUACCGUCUCUUCAAUCGUGUCUUUAACCGCCUGCUCUGGAGUCAUGGCCAAGGGCUGUGGAACUGCUUCUCUAACUCCGGGUCUUCAUGGGAGACGAUCUUCAGUAAGAGCAGUGAGGUGGUGUCGCAGUUGGAGCUACAGUGCUGUCAGAGGCUGGUGCAACUGUGCCGGGACUGUCUGCUUGUGGUCUAUAAGUUUGUGGCCGACUCCCGUGGCUCUCUGACAGGCCUCAGUCCCGAGUGGGAUGACACCAGGUAUCUGCUGCCAGUGACCUCCCAGUUCAUCAUGAAGUGGCCUUCCUCCAGCUUUGGACGCGUCUCCUCCGCCAUGCCGCGCUCGCGCAGCCUGUUCACCACCAGGAUGGGGCAGUUCUGA